AUGGAUCGAGAGAACACACCACAGAAGCAGCGGCAAAAGCGCAGUAGCAGUAAUCGCCGCGUCAACACCGGCUUCACAGCUCAUGAUGCUCUAUCUCGAGCCGGUACGAACUCAGCUUCGGGUCCCAAUCGAGCGUUUCGGACCCGCAAUCGCACGGCAGCUCCUACUGGCCCUGCAGCUGCUUCUGGACAACCAAGAACGCCCUCUAUGUUACUUCGACCCAACUCAAAUGGUGCUUCAGGGCUCACUGGGGUACUCUACGAACCAGAUGCUUCUCGACGCAGCCGCAGCGUCGUAGAUCGAGAUAUCCACUUGCAAACCAACACUCGAUCGAACACUAUAGACCGACACGGCUCGAAAGCAAGCUUAAAUGGGAUUACACGUCCAUCAACUCCCUCCAGGAUCGUUCCACCAUAUUCGAUUGUGAAACUUAUUACCCCUCAAAUGCAAUUUUCAACAGAUUUAUCGGUUAAGUUGGGAAAUUGUUUGGAACUCGAGAAUUUUAAAGUAAUUGGAGUUUUCGGAUUGGAAGGUGUCGGCAAAUCCACCAUCUUAUCGCUGUUGUUGCCAGAAAAGAUGAAAGAAAUGAAUUUGUUUCCCAUUCGAAGUUUCGAGGCUGCGGUGAUGGAUCGACAUGAGACGACAGGAGUGGAUUUAGCCAUAUCAAUGAUAGGCGGAAAAGGCCACUCAUUGAUAUUGCUAGAUUCCCAACCAUUGCUGAGCAGCUCAAUGUUAGUAGAUCUUUUGGAACGAAACGAAUCUCAAAAGUUUGGUGCUCUCAAUCCCGAACAACAGGUGGAGGUAGCAUCAUACCAACUCGCGGUGUUUUUGAGCGCAAUUUGCCAUUACGUGGUGUUUGUUCAUGAUGAUUUGGCGUACCAAGUUUCGGCUCGUGACCUUUUACGGAACAUCGAACGCAAGUUAAUGCAAUGCCGACUACCAAGUGUAUCGGGCAACAAUCACAGACAUGCAGCACAGCUACUCUAUAUAGCCAAUAACAUGACAGAGUCCGACUUAUUGUACCGCGAAAACGAGCUGUUUUCAGCUCACGAGCGUGCACUUGAGUCUGUGUGGUCCCAUGCACUGGUCCGCGUGCCAUAUAAGCUGUCGACUUACAGUGAUGUUGUCGAUGACGAUAAAAAUGCCCUUCAUGUGGCGUCUUUUGUAUUUCCACACCAGACUAACGCUCGAGCAGCGUCAGCAGUGCUAACGACUGAACAGAAAACGAAAAAUGAUCACGAGACGACAAAUUUGUCUUUCGACACGAAUAAGUACUCGAACUUUGAUGAAAUUGCUGAAGACUUUCAACGUUUUGUUCUGGGUCUCCCGAGCUCUCCAGCAUUUACGUCGCAAUCAGCUAUAAGUCCCGAGUCGAAGGCACAACCACGACACGCACUUUCUUUGCGUGAAUGGCUUAGCAAUGCUUCUCGAGUUUUCGAGGCUUUGCGCAAGGCAAGUUGCUUCACGGCUGAGUUCACCUCGUCGAGGGACUACAUUUAA